AUCAAGACAGUCAUCUGAAGUCACGUGACAUGUAGAGAACGGUUAAGGGGAGACAACAACAUACAUGUUUAGGAAUGCAAUGGCGCGACCAAAAUUGACACUAUUUGUGUCAUUUAUUUUGGUUUUAAUAAUUAACGAAUCUCUUGCAGCGAGAAACAAGCAGCCAUUCCAGUAUCAAGAAUGUAAAUUAGAUCACUCGAUUGGUGUUGGUAAAGAUAGUGUGACUGGUAAUUCUCCAACUAUACCUGAUGGAAAUCUCUGGGCAUCAACAUAUACAACAGAUAACAGGAUGCCACAUAUGGCUCGUCUUGAUGACCCAACUGGGGCAUGGACAGCGUCUGUGCAGAACUCUAUGCAGUAUCUUGCUGUAGAUCUUGGAUCUACACAUAUUGUGACACGUGUUUACACUCAAGGCCGACAGGGAAGUGAUGAAUAUGUCACAGAAUUUACGAUAGAGUUUUCCAUGGACAAUAAAACAUGGGAGGAGUAUACAAAUGAAUUUGGUUUAACUGAGAUAUUUAGAGGCAAUGAUAAUGGAAAUGACGUUGAAAAGAACAACUUAAUUUACCCAAUAAUUGCACGAUAUGUAAAGUUUAGACCUCAGAGAUGGAAUCAGUUUAUUUCAAUGAGAGUGGAUGUAAUAGGAUGCAGAUAUUUUUCUGAGCCUAUUAAAGUUUCAAAUGAGGGUUAUGUUGUAUACGACAUGGCUGGGCUUGAAUCAUCACGAUCCGAAGCAGACAUGAUUAUUUUACGAUUCCGAACAACUUUACAAGAUGGAGUUCUCCUCUAUGCUGAUGGUAACCAGGGCGACUAUAUUGCCAUUGAACUGAAACGAGGAUAUCUACAUUUUAAAAUAGAUUUAGGAUCGACACAGUCUGUAUCUGGUGAGACAAUUAUUGUUGGAGGAAGUAUGUUAGACGACGGGGAAUGGCAUGACGUUAUAUUUCAGAGAGACAGAAUGCAGGCAAAACUUGUAGUUGACAGACUCGAGUCCGUAUUUGAAACUAAAGGAUUAUUUUUCAGACUGGAUCUUGAUAAAAAGAUAUAUCUGGGAGGUGUAGAUACGUUCAACAAGAAGGGUUUAACAACACGCUAUAACUUCAAUGGGUGUAUAGACUUUGUUAGAUUUAACAGUAUUAAUAUGAUCCGAGAUGUGAAGGCAAGCUCAGGUUUCCAGAGUCGCUUCCAGACAGUAGGACCUGUAGCAUUUACCUGCCAGCUCAAAACUGAAAUACCAUGCACAUACACUUCACAAGAAUCCUACAUCCUGGUUCCUGGCGUGGCAUCAUCUGGAGGUAUUGUUAGAGCCUCAUUUCAGUUCAGAACUCAUGAUGAGGAUGGUCUGCUUCUCUAUCAUCAAAUGAAUGAUCCCUCUGAAGUCAGGGUUAGGCUUGAUAGAGAUGGUUUUGUAUAUUACAAAGUCACUGACAAGGACAGGCAGAUUGUAGAAGAUGUAGUCAGAAACAUUGAUAUUGAGAGUGACACCCAGCAGUUUACUGAUGGUCUCUGGCACAGUUUCAGUCUGUAUAUUGACUCUUCAAAAGUGAAUGUUACAGUCGAUAGAAACUCAAAGGUUUCACUUAGAACAAUGUCAAUCAUAGCAGGAUCGGAUUAUUUUAUAGGUGGCUCUCAGAUAGAAUCUGGCUUUCGAGGAUGUUUACGUAAUAUUGAAGUUGCUUCAGCGCCAGUAAAUCUUGAAGCAUUGGACAGUGGUAAUGUUAACUUGGUCGCUAUUGGUUCGUGUAAGAUUCGAGACAGAUGUACACCUAAUCCCUGUGAACAUAAUGGCAGAUGCGACCAAGACUGGAAUAAUUUCUACUGCGAUUGUGAUUCUACUGGUUAUAAAGGCGCUGUGUGCCAUAUCUCCUCCCAUCAGUUAUCAUGUGUUUUACACAAUAUGUACACUAUAAUGGAUGGACAAGAAGAAGUUACUGUGGACCCAGAUGGUUCAGGACCUAUUGACCCUUUCAAUGUCAUCUGUAAUGGAAAAACUGGUUCCCUGUAUCCUGUUGAGACUUGGAUCCGACACAACAGUAUGAGCCUGAUUACAGUAAACGGGUUCCAGUCACCAGAUUACUAUGUACGUAAAAUCGAGUACGAGACUGACCUUGCCGGGUUGACUGAGGUCAUCGAGCGCUCUGACACUUGUGAACAAGAAAUUGUAUGGAGAUGUAACAACUCUAGGCUGAUGACGAGAGAUGAUACAUCUACUGCUGCCAGUGGGUUACAGAGAACGUAUGGAUACUGGGUGGGAAGAACAUACCAGGACAUGCACUACUGGGGAGGAGCUGCACCAGGGACGUACAAGUGUGCUUGUGGGCUUACAGAAGAGGGCUGUGAUUUACAGAGUACGACAUGUAACUGUGACUCCGGUGGUCAGACGUCAGAUACAGGACUGUUGAUGCACAAAGAUUAUCUCCCUGUAAUGGAGCUACAUUUUGGUGAUACAGGAUCACUGACUGAUAAUAAAGUCGGGCAGCAUCAAGUGAAAGAACUUAAAUGUUUCGGUGACAAUCUUCUAGACAAUGUGAUUACAUUUAGGAAAGCUGAUGCUACGUUGGAGUUUGCGACAUUUGAAGGUGAUAAAGCUGGUGAUAUCUGGUUCCAGUUUAAGACUACAGCUACCGACGGUGUAAUGAUACAUGAUACCGGAGAUACGGAGAAUGAUUUUAUACAGAUUAGAAUGAUCAAUGGAGACACGAUUCAGUUCCGGUACAACGUUGGUAACGGUAUUCAGGUACUCGAGUACAGAACCAUCAACACUCUAAACAACGAUAUUUGGCAUACAGUUCACAUAGAACGUAAUCGUAAACAGGCAUGGCUCCGUGUUGAUAACUUCCCGGAGGAGGUGCGUAACGAGCCCCAGGAUGAGAUUACUCGUCUGAUGGACCUGACUAAACCUCUGACCGUUGGUGCUGCGGUAGAUCACAGAGAUGGUUUUGUCGGAUGUAUGAGAGGUUUAAGAGUAAAUGGUGUUUUGAUGGACAUGAGAGGGGCCGUCAGAAAGGGCCAGUUUACUUAUGGUGUACAGGAAGGAUGUGUUGGUAAAUGUUCCAGUAACCCGUGUUUUAACCAAGGUACAUGUAGGGAAGGUUAUUCACAUUAUACCUGUGACUGCGCCUACACACCUUUUAGAGGAUGGAUGUGUUUUAGAGAGGUGGGUGUAAACAUGCAGACUAACUACAUGAUCCAAUAUGAGUUUGAUGACAAGCAAGGUCUCUCGGCCACAGAUUUUAUGUACAUCAGGGUGGGUUUUAUCACCAAGAAGAAACAAGGUAUUCUAAUACAGCUGAGGAAUGAGAAAAACACAGAAUAUAUCUCACUGGAGAUGAACAACAAUGGUGGUGUCAAGUUUUUCCUGGAUGUCGGUUUUGAAAGAUUUGAAGUGAACACAGAUGUAAACAAUAUAGAUUUGACCAAUGGUCAAGCUCAUGAGGUCAUCCUGAGGAGAGAACAGAAUGGCAGAAAGGUCUAUCUACAGGUUGACAAUUAUGCAGUAGCAACAGGAAAUCUUGGAGAGAAAAUUAGUGACACCAUUCUGGAUGAUCCAAAAUAUCUUUUUAUUGGAAAUAAUGAUACUGAGAACACUGGUAAAGGAUUUGAAGGCUGUAUUUAUCGUAUGCAGAUUGACAACAUCUAUCCUCUGAAGAGAGCAUUCCAGGAUCCAAGACCCUCUUUCAUCCGACCUGUACCAGAAGACCAAAUUCGUGAAGAUAUGUGUGGUUUUGAGGAGAUAACUCGUGAACCUGACCCAAUCGAGGUCCGUCCAUAUGGACCGACAUACGUGAACCUUACGUUACCACCCCCGCCAGCAGACAGGUCACAAGAACAACAACUUAUUGUUGGAGUUACCGUGGCAGCCGCGUUCCUCAUCUUUAUCAUCAUACUAAUGAUAUUCUUCAUCUACUUCCGACAAAAAGGUGAUUACGAGACAAAGGAGGCCAAAGGUCAAGAAAAUGCGGACAAUCCCGAUGCAGCUAUUGUGUUCGGACAAACCGGUGUUCCAGACAUUCAGAAACGGCAAGAAUGGUUUAUGUAGCAUUAUAUCUUGAUGGUCGUACCUCGUUUUUAAAACAUUGCAUGUUUAUAUGUAAAUAAUAGAACUUUAGAAGUGAAAUAUGUAGAAAGAAAAUGUGUAUAACAGAAGAUAUUUACACACAAAAUCAGAUCUAAUAUGUUUUUGUAAUAAUGUGAUAUUUGUUUUGUGUUGGAAAAUUGUGUAUUAAAUACAUAAAGUGCUGGGCAUAUUGUGAAGGUUUUAAUGUGUUAUUUCUUAUAACAUAAUUUAACAGUAAAUUUUCUAGAUUUUAUCAGUUUUAAAAAAAAUGAUAUGCAUUGCUUUUUUGGCAGUUUCAGAGCCAAGUAAAUAAUAAUUUUAAAUGUAAUUGGAUAUUUAAACUGAAAUAUUUCUAUGAUAUACCAGAUAUUAUUCCUAAUCUUCAUUUUUACAUAUGAUUUAAAUAAAAAAAAUUAACAUAUCACUUACAGUGGUUGUGAAUGGUAGAUUUUUAUAAAGCAUAUGCUCAAGAAUCAGUUGUCUAAAAUAUUUGAAAUGUUUAAUUUUUACAUGUGAAUACUGUACAUUCCUAGUAAGAUGGUUGUCAGAGGUGGUGUCUGUUUUUAAAUAAUUUGUAUAUAUUAGUAAAUAGCAAUAUAUAUAUAUUUUUUUAUAUAUCAAAAUGUCCUCUUCGAAAGGUUGUGAAAUGUAACAUAUCAUUCUUGUUGUAUUGUCUGUAAUAUAUAUAUGUGUGUAAAUCCAGGUGAUGUGCAAGAAAUUUUGAGUUCAGUAAAUAAUUUUGUUAAAACACAGCUCGUUUUUGGCAAUUUUUAGCAAACAAAUUCUAGGAAAUGACAAAUACCUUAUUUCAAAUUGACAUGUGGUUGUUUAAAGCAUUGUGUUAAAAUUCUUUUAAAACUGCACAUAUACAAUAUUCUGUUUUAAUUAUUUCUUGAAUGCAAAGCUGUUAAGUAAAACCUUAUUUAGAAAAGAAAAAUUCCUUAAGACAAACAGGUUAUUUAGUCAUUUUAGCUACUAGUAAUGUAGUGAUAAUUGAAAUAAAAAAUUUCAAGGAUAGAAUUUUGCAAUUCUUAUUGUUGGAAAUUUUUAUAAUUUUUUUUUGUUUGAUGUUGUUAACGCAAAAUAUCAUUUUUUCUUGCAUGUCAUUUCCUUGACACAUAAAAUCAUUGUAAAUAGUGCUGUAUGUUAAACCUCAUAAUAUUUAGAUAAUUUUUACAUAUCCUUAUUAUGUAUAUAUUUUAUUUUGUAUAUAAUAACAUUUUUUAUACACCAAGUCAUUCCGAGCUCGUUAGAUUACCACAUAUCAUGUAUAGAAACAUAUCCUUGAUUCUUGUAAAUGCAUUGAAACCAAGAAAAUACAAAUGUAUCAUCAUUUUAUACAUCAUAUACCCAGUCCAGAAACACCGCUCUCAUUCUCAUAUUUUUUAUAUUAUAAAGAUAAUGAAAACAGA